UUCAUAGGUAGUCAAGUCAGAUCACAAGUCACGACUCACGAACGCACCACAUUUUACAUUCACUUUCAAAUUUCAUGUUACCGCAGUCUCACGCUUGUGGAGAUCUUGAUUAUAUACGUGUAACAAAUACUACUAACCAAAUUAUUUCCGUUUGCUAAUAACGAGCAACUUUUCUCGUUAAAAUGUCGAAAAUAAAGGCUGGUCCAGUUGUUGACAUCCUUGGCGAUGAAAUGACUAGAAUCAUCUGGGACCUCAUUAAGGAUAAACUUAUUUUACCAUUUUUGGACAUUGAGUUACACACCUACGAUCUAGGUAUGGAAAAUCGUGAUAAAACCGAAGAUCAGGUAACAAUCGACUGUGCAAAUGCUGUUAAAAAGUAUAAUGUUGGCAUAAAGUGCGCUACUAUUACUCCUGAUGAAAAGAGGGUGGAAGAAUUUAAAUUAAAGAAGAUGUGGAAGAGUCCGAAUGGUACAAUUCGUAACAUUCUUGGAGGAACUGUUUUCAGGGAAGCUAUUAUCUGCAAGAAUAUUCCUCGUCUGGUUACGGGAUGGGAGAAACCCAUAAUCAUCGGUCGUCAUGCUCAUGCAGACCAGUAUAAGGCUACAGAUUUUGUAGUACCUGGUGAAGGCAAACUGGAACUUAUAUUCACCCCCAAGUCGGGUGAACCCAUUAAAUAUGUCGUGAAUGAUUUCAAAGGCGCUGGUGUUGCAAUUGGUAUGUUUAAUACUGAUGCGUCGAUUAUAGACUUUGCACAUUCGUCGUUCAAGUUUGCAUUGGAUCGAAAGUAUCCUCUAUACUUGAGCACAAAGAAUACUAUCCUUAAGAAGUAUGAUGGUCGUUUUAAGGACAUCUUCCAAGAAAUUUACGAUAAGGAAUACAAAGCGAGUUUCGAAGCUGCAGGCAUCUGGUAUGAGCACCGCCUUAUCGAUGAUAUGGUUGCCUACGCAAUGAAGUCCGAGGGUGGAUUUGUUUGGGCUUGUAAGAAUUACGACGGAGAUGUACAGUCUGAUUCUGUAGCACAAGGAUACGGAUCAUUGGGACUUAUGACUUCAGUGUUAAUUUGCCCUGAUGGAAAAACGGUAGAAGCCGAAGCUGCCCAUGGAACUGUUACUAGACACUACCGCUUCUACCAACAAGGGAAGGAGACCUCCACGAAUCCUAUCGCCUCUAUAUUUGCGUGGACGAGAGGUCUUCUGCAUCGUGCUAAGUUAGACAACAACUCUGAACUAACAAAAUUCGCUGAAACACUCGAAAAAGUAUGCAUUGAUACCAUAGAAUCUGGUAUCAUGACUAAGGAUCUUGCUAUUUGUAUCAAGGGCAUGAACAAUGUUAAGAGGUCUGAUUACUAUGAAACAUUUGAGUUCAUGGACAAACUAGCUGAGAAUUUGAAAAAGAGUUUGGGGCAAUGACUAGGUCCUAAUCGGAAACUCAGCAAUUUGUAACAUUUUAUAUCUACUUAUUUAAGUGAACAUUAACGGGCUUGAGGAUAAUUUACCGCAUUUAUUUAUUUUCUUGUUUAUUGAUCAUAAAUCAAUUCUUAAAUAUC